AUGUCAUUGCUGCAGUGUCGACGUGGAGGGAUGAGUGGUGAGUCAGCCGAUGAAGCCUUGGACCGCAUGAUCGCCCAGACUCAAGAGGAGGGAGAGAGAAGAAGAGCUCUGUCUGCUCCUAGGAGGAUGGAAGGUGGUGUGCGGAGGUUGGAAAUUCAGGCUGGAGCAGAGGGAGAUGGACGAGCUCAAGGUCGAGAAGGUGAGGUGGCGAGGCCUGCUGGUUUGCCACAAGCUUUAGGGCCUGAAGCUCCUCCGGUGGCAGCUCAGCAGGAAUUGCCUGGUGGUGGGAGAUCGACAAUGGUGGUAGGACCGCUUCUUCGGGGUGUGGCGCAAGAUGUGGCUGGUGCGGGGGGUAACCAACUGCAAGCUUUGGGGACACUUUUUCCUGGAGCUCAAGUCCGUUCUUGUGUACCUCAAGGUGGUCCUCCUGGUGUCCUUCCUCUACAAGGUCUUCAUGCUGAACUACAUCAACGCAGUGGUCAGGGGAUCAAUGACCAAGGUGGUGGCUGUCCGAGUGGAGGGCAUGUGGGCGGUGCUAUGUUGGGACCUUUGGCUGAGCCUUUGCCGCCGUUGGUAGCUUUUCAGCUGCCGCAGCAGCAACAGAUGGGAUCAGCCGCGAGUCCACACCCGCCAGUGUUUCAUCCUUCAGGUAGCCAACCAGCUCAGGGAUUAGGAGUGAUGGUGACUCCAGUCCGAGAACCUCGAGACCUGCAGUCAGUACCCAUGGUGAGCCCGGUUCCCAUGCAAAUGGUGAGCCCGGUUCCCAUGCAGGCAUUGGCUGGAGGGGGGAACCCAGCUCCUGUUGGAACAGAUCCAUCGGGAGGGACUCAGAUGAUGAUGGACCCAGCUGCGAUGGCAGUUGAGGAGAUCAGAAAGCGGGUGAUGCGGGAGGCAGAGGAAGCUUUCGCCAAGGAGGUGAGAAGGCUUCAAGGUCAGACCGAGGAAACCCAAUCGUACCAGUCAGCAUCCAGUGGAGCUGGACAGGGACAGGCCGUGGUUGGCCAGGCCUUGGGAACUUCUCAGCCGUUGGGAGGAGUCGGUGGAAUGCCGUCCCCACCUCCAGGGAUUGAUCCGGGAUUCCAAGGAAGGAAUCAAGCUGGGCUAGCUCAGCCGGGACCAUCUCUGACUGAGGCUUUGAGGGCCCUGGAGCUACCAAAGCUUCCCACACCGGGAAGUGAAGGUGCGUCCAUCCAGUUCGGGGAUUGGAUGACUGUGGUGCAUCCACUGAUGAGUGAUCUUUCUGGAAGUGCUGGAGAAUGGUGGAGUCUGACAGUGAAAACUGUGGAACACCACUAUCAGCAGUGGCUGGUUGCCACGCCGCUGGAGAAGCUGCGCAUGAAACCAGGAUCACCAGUGAUCGGUGAAGGCUACGCAAGACUGGAACAGCGGUCAGUAUCUAUGUUGCUAGUUGCUUUGCCAGAAGGUUUGCGACAGGACGUCAUAGCAUCGCGGCGUCUCUCGACGGUCGGGAUUCUGUUCCGUUUGUUUACCACCUUUCAACCUGGUGGUUCGGGUGAAAGGACAGGAUUGAUCAAGUCCAUCAGCGAGGCCAAGGUGCCAGCAGGUUUGGUGGAACUGCUGGGGUCCGUUCGGCAAUGGCGCCGAUCAGUGGGAAGGUCGGAGGAGCUGAGUGUAACAGUGGAUCCUCUGGUUCUGACAGGUGUGUUGUCGAAGUUCGCUGACGGAGCUUCAAGAUUGGGUGGAAGUCAGGUGGCGUUCCGCUUGGCGACCAGGCGCCAACAGCUGGACGUAGAUAGAGCUCCAAGCCUUGGUUCGGUCAAGGAAUGGGCCGAGUACAUCCAAGCUGAGCUGGAAGAGUUGGCUAAUGCGCAGACUGCUGGGAAGGCGACGCCGUCGAAUCCGCCAGCGUUGGCUCCGGUGCUGACGCAGGGGAAUCCGGCUGUCAAGGCCUUCACGGGGGAAGGGCAGAAGCCAUGGGAGAGGCCAGAAGGUGAGAAAGCGCCGUGUCGUUUCUGGGGCACUGACGAAGGGUGUCGCAGGGGUGAGAAGUGCGGUUUUGCACACGCCUGGGGAACGUUGGAGAAAUCCUCAAGGUGCUUGCUUUGCUCAUCAACAGGCCACCGUAAAAGGGAUUGUCCCACAGCCAAGCCUAAAGAUGGAAAUGGCUGGACACAGAAAGGUGACCGGAAGGUCGCUAAGGUCCUCAAUAAGAAAGGGGAGAAGAGCACUGAAAAGGAGAGCCAAAAAGAGUCAACAGUAGUGAAGGAGGCAGCGGAGGAAAAUCCGCAACCGGAAAAAAGAUCUGAGGGUUCCCUGCCCAAGCAGGAAGGUGACUUGGUGCAGAACCUCAACGGUCUGGUUAAGUCCAUGACGUCGAUCAAAUCGGUAUUCAUCAAGACGGUGAAAAUGGACGAGGAGUGCGGAGGAGAGUACGCCUUGCUAGAUGGGGGGCGACUCACGCUUUGCGACAGGCGAAGAGCUCCGAAGUUCCGCAUCUUUGGCCAGUCCAAGUUGAAAUGGCGAUGGGAAGUGUCACGCUCUAUCGGGUGUCCAGUGAUGGACAGAAGUGAAGCCUUGAGUCUCUUGGAGUCACUUGAGAAUGGUGGAGUGGGAGACUACUGUGAGCCACCGGCUCAGGAGAUCGAAUGGUGGAAGGAGAAGUAUCCACAGGUCCCUGAGAGAAUCUGGUCUUUGAUGAGGGGCCAAGGGCUGAACUGGGAAGAAAUUGCCUCCCCUUUGCCUUGGAAUAGGGCAAAGCGGAGGAGGUUGGAAAGAGCUCGAGGUGGUGUGGUGAUCCAUCUUUUCUCUGGGUCCGGGGGAGAAUCCAGGAGAUGGCGGGAUCUCACGGGAUCAGACACCGAGGUGCUGACCGUUGACAUCUCAUCGAACGCUCAAGAAGAUCUACACGCCGCUGGGGUGUGGGCGUAUCUGUGGGGAUUGGCUGAAAGGGGCCGGAUCCGGAUGAUAACCGCCGGACCGCCAUGCAGGACAGUGAGUCGUCUUAGGCAUAAGAUCCCAGGUCCUCGCCCUUUACGUGGCAGAAGGAAUCACAGAUUCGCUUUGGAUGAUCUAACUGAAAGAGAAAUGACAAAGGUGGAUGGAGAUACCGCCUUGUGGUUGAAAACUCUUGGUCUCUAUGAGAAAUCUCAAGAGGGAAUGGUUGCGAAUGGCAUUCUGGGUCUGUGUGGUCUUCUGGUGGAAAGUCCCCAAGAUCCAUGCGAGUAUGUGGAAGAUGGGAAAGAGUAUCCGUCCUUCUGGGAAUGGGAGGAAACAGAAGAUUUCUUGAAACGAAACCCAGACAUGUUCAAGGUCAGGGUGGACCAAGGGGCUUUAGGGCACCAACGCCCCAAACCCACAACGCUUCUGACCAACAUAGUCCAGCUGAAGGAACUUGAUGGGAUUACCUCGAAGGAAUCUGGAGAGAGUGUGUGCAUGGAUCUCCGGGAGCGGCUGAAGCAGACGGCUUCUUGGUCUGCAUGGGCUCCAGGUCUGAUGGCUGCUCUCAAGAUUGUGAUACCCAAAUUUCUGGCGAGCCAGGCUCAGCAACCGAUGCUGAGCAAGUUGGACUUAGCGGGAUGGAAGAAGCAUCUGCAGGCACAACACGUGCCAUACCGGCGGGACUGUAAGGUCUGCUUGGAAACCAUGGGCUCGGCUGAGCCACAUCGCCGAAAGAGGGGUCAAGAAUCCGCCUUUGUGAUGUCUGUAGACAUCUGUGGUCCGUUCAAAAAGGGCACCGACCUUGGUGUCUCCAAACGCAGAAAGGUAAAGUAUGCCUUGCUGGCGACUAUCCCUGUGCCUCAGUGGCCAAGUCCGGGGGAGAAGGAGGAUUCCACGGAGGCGGUGGAACCUCAAAAGGAAGAAGUUGUUCCCGAAGCUGAGGAAGUGGAAGCCUCUGGGGAGCUUCUCUUGGAUCCAGAGCCGAGGGAUCUGAUCCCAGAAGAAGAAGCCCGGAAGAGAAACCAGGCUUGGGAAGAGUUCGUCAAAAAGGAAGUCAAGGAGAUAUCCAAGGAUGUUCCAGUGGUGAACAUCACCUUCAUGGAGCCGCUUGCGUCUCGUCACCAGAAUGAAAUUACAAAGGCACUGUCCAAAGUGCAUGCCCGGGCGAAGAGCCUUGGCAUACCCAUUUACCGUGUGCACUCUGAUCGGGAGCGAUCUUUCACAACCAAUCACGUGGCCAAGUGGUGCGAAAUGCGCCAGGUCCAUCAAACUUUCAAUGCAGGCGACGAGCCUGAAGCCAAUGGACGAAUUGAAGGGGAAAUCAACCAAUUCAAGCGUCGACUUCGCCUUUUGUUGGCAGAAACGGGAGUGAGUCAUGACUACUGGCCAUGCGCGGCCCGACACGGAGUCGAGGUUAAGGCCAAACUGUGGCAUCGUCGAAAAGAAGGGGCGUUGUCAUCCCCUUACAAGACGCUUCGAAUUAUGGGCCCUUCACCUCAGAUGACUAACGGUUGGGUUGCUCUUGAUGAAGAAGCCAACCUUGUGCAGCACGCACGGUCCGUGUUCAUUCCUGAUCCUCUUGGAGAAACAGCUCGUUUGGAGCUGGAAACGGUCGAUGAUCCCAAGGAUCCUCCCAAAAGACGUCUCAACGGGAAGCAGCCACUGGUUGUGGAGGUUUCCAAGAUCCCUUUACCACCUCCUAGGGAGGACCGUGAACUUGAGUCAUUGUUGGCUGUGGCCGACGCUGAAGAAGAAGAUGGGUAUGAGCCCUCUAUCUUGUCUGACUCUGAGUUGGUUCCACCUGAGGCAGAAUUGGGAUUGCCAGCUCUCAUGGCCUUACGAGCUGGGGGGGAGUCUCUUGUGGAUGGAACUCAACUUGAAGGUUGGGGGGAGAUCGAAAAGACGGAAGUAGAGGAGUAUGUGAAUGAGCUCCGCUACCAGCACUGGAAUCUGAGAAAACUUCUGCAGGAACAGGUGAAUGCAGUCGCUGGGACAGAAGAAGAAGGUGCGGCGCAAGGACAAGUCGUGCAACACGUGAGUACCCAAGUGAGAUGGCUGGAAAGUGAAUUGGAGCAUUAUUCCCGGAUCGAAGAAGAAGGUGCCAAGGUGGAGGCAUUGGAAGCUGAAGAGUGUGAGAGACAUGCCCGAAUCGCAGCUUUGUCGACGGAUGGCCAACCAGGGGAUGAGAACCAAGGUGUGAGCAGGCCCCCGACGGUCUUGCAAACCUACACAAUCCCCUUGACGAUGGUAAAGCGGGAUAUGGAAUCCUGGAUUGAACCAAUUAAGGCCGAGUACAACCAGCUUGUGUAUGAAAGCCAGGCGGUGAAACCGGUUAAGCUUAGUGAGUUGGAGGCUCACGAGGAUGGCAACAAGACUCAGGCGACUCCAGUGACGGCAGCGGACUUGUACGCUGGAGGAGCUGAUGCCACCGCCAUUCGAUGCAUGGUCAGAAAGACCGCCAUGAUGGAUGGGUGGGACAUGGGAGUCCUAGAUAUCAAGGGCGCGUUCUUGCUUGCCCCACGCCGAAGGGAGCAGGAGUGCCUGAUGAUGACCAUCCCACCGAAGCUGCUGGUGCAGGCUGGGAUCUGUCCGCCGGAUGAGCGGUGGGUGAUCCAAAAGGCGAUGUACGGCCUGGAGACCAGUCCGGCCGACUGGAGUAGCUUCCGCGACCAAAGGGUCAAGAAAUUUGAGUGGAGCUCAAACGGUAGGUCGUUCUGGAUGCGUCAAACGGUCGAACCAAAUGUCUGGCAACUCGUGUCGAGCGAGGAGCCAGGAAGAGCGGACUCGGAUGAACGGGUAGAAGGUUUUUGUACCUUCUAUGUCGAUGAUGUCCUGGUCUGUGGACCAACUGAAGUAAUCAAGGGAUGUCUGAACCGAACAAACCAGGAGUGGAACUGCUCCGAAGCGGAGUAUCUCUCAGGAAAGGGAAUGCUGAGAUUCUGUGGAAUGGAGUUGUUUGCAGGGCUCUACGACAUGGCUGAGCCGGAGGACCUGGAGACCUUGAAGAAGAUUGGAAUCUGUAGAGAAUGGGCUCUGAAGGGGCUGACUGUAGCUGUAGAGCUUGAAAGGAACUACUGCCCUUUGGGCUGCCCCAACGUCCGGGCGCUCCGUGCUGAAGCCAUGGCGACCAGCGUUGCUGAUGCUGGUGGCGAGGGUGGAGAUGGUCCUGGUGAUGGUGGAGAUGAUCGUAAGCCGUGGCCGAAGAGCUCCAUGGACGAUGACAUCUACACCGGGGAGAAAAAGAAAAGGAAGAGAAAGAAGAAAAACAAGGCCGCGAAGGCUGAUCAAGGUGAAGAGAAGGGCCCAAGUGCAGAGGCCUGUGAUGAAGAAGAGAAGGAAGAUGAGUGGCCGAGCUGGGAAAACAGAAAGCUUGAGGAGUCCGAGGAAACAGUCGCAGGGGAGCCAGGGCCUGUGACGUUGAUGCAGGCUACUCCGAAGACAGCGACGAGUGCUGCUCCGCUACCAGCUCCUCUACCUCCUCAAGACAACGAACCUACUGGCGAAGAGGUUCCGACUGCGACGGGCAGUCAGCCAGCCUCUUCUCAGGGGCCUGAGAACCCAGAUGGAACCACUUACACUGUCCGUGGUCAUGGUCGCCGCGACAUUGAGUCAGGCUUCUUUUGGGGAGGUGACGGUUUGAUCGAGAUCCGUCCCCUUGAUGAGCCAGAAGGAAAAGGGAAAGGAAAGAACGGGCCAGAGGUCAUCAGCUCUGGUGAAGAGAAUGAAGAAGCGAACAGCGACCCAACUGGUCCCAAAGGAAAAGGAAAACCCGUUCCCGAACCUCUGCUACCACCGAGGCGAGGCAGCGUGGGCUCUUCAACUGCCAGUGGCGAUGGCCUUGGAUCUUCAACCGACCGACCAGUUCCUAGUGGAGAUCGCCGGCAGUCUUUGGGAAAAGGAAAAGGCCAGGGGAAGACUCCAGGCGCCGCUGAGGAUGACGAUGAUGAUGCCUGGGGAAACUGGACUUCUCAGGGUUUGCAUGGAGCUGGAGAACCGGAAGGCGAGCCUCCAGCUGAAGACCAUCCACCUGAUGAGGAAGAAAAUGAGGACUAUGACAUCCAUGCGAGAAAGGACCUGGAUGAUGGCUCGGGAACCAAGCGUCCUCCGCCUGAUAGUGGGUCCUACAGCAUGAAGGCUAUGCGAGUCACUGUGGAUGCGGCCACGGCACUGUGGGAACUACCUGAGUUCUCGACGCCUCCGCCGACUGGGAAGAAGGACAGAUGGGAAAGUUCCUGGAUCCAACGUGGAUGGCUUGUUAGAGUCCACAGGGAUCCAAGGAAAUGCACUUUCCAGCCCAUCCACCGUGCCUCUCCGGUUGCAGGUGGAGAUCUUCUUCCUCUACGUGUGACUGUGGGCUUCGAGGAGGACACCAACCGCCGCUUUGUCAAGACGGACCGCUGGGAUGUGGAGCCGGCGAACCCCGCUACUUCAAGGUGGACUGGGUGGACCUUCUUCCGCCUCAAGAAUGAAACUGGGACCGUGCAUGAUCGCACUGGGUCUCGGAGCUCUGGUGAUGAUGCUCGUGGAGAAGGGCAUCGUUUUCACCUGCCUGAACGUGACGGAGCUGGAGGACCGCAUGAUCGUGGUGAGCUUCAGCCUGCAGUUUUGAGGUUGCCUGAUGGAGCCGAGGGGCAUCUUGGGCUUCUUCCUGACCUACUUGGUGGGGAAGAGAACCGUGUUGAUGUGAGCCGGGCGGCUACGGCGAAGUCCUACGGUCCGCUCCCAACACCAAGAGCACCUGCGGUGAGGCCAAAAGCACAGACUUCAGCUGGUCGACGAGCUCAACCGGUUUUGGCUGACCUUCAGCGUCGAGAUGGCCUACCUCCUGCCGAAGAGGAACUGAGCGAUGACGGCAGCUGGAGUGAGGUCUCUGGGGAGACCUGGUGA